GAUUGGGUGUCCCAUUAGUUUCUUGUCCCCCUCACUUAUUUUUCAUACUUGUGCAUUUCGCCUUAUCUGUAAGCGCCUAGGCUACACCCCUUCUUUUUCCAUCUUCCGGAGUAUAUAUAAUUUAGAGCGGGGCAAACAUGGUUGGUCACCCGUAAAGCGUGACACCAAGUACCAAGGUCGGGUUUGCAAAGGCUCACCCAAGCUUCCCAGCAAAUGGUAUUGCUCCUAUUUUUUCGUUAAGCCGCGUAGUGGUACCUGGCAUGCUCUGACGGGGGCGCCCCUCUCCACCUUGUGGCGUGAGGGUUCGGUGGAGGAGUGGGCCAAGGACUUCCCUCUAGAGAAGCUUGAGCGUGAACAGAAGCAUUACAUUCUUCGAGCGCCCCCUGUGGAUCUUAAGAGAAAAGGGGAGAGGGCGCGCGCGUUGGGAGAGCUCUACGAUCAUGGUAUAUUUCUUUAAUAACAAUUUUUAUUUCAACUCUUUUACUUAUGCUGCUUGCGUAACUCUCCUUUUUGCAGAUUUUGACUACUCCAGCCUAGCGAAGAUGACGAAGAAGGUUCCUGGGGCCUCCGGAGCUAGGGCACAGAAGGCGCCUAGCAUCCCUGCCGAGCGGACUCCCCGUUCAUCCGGCAAGGCGCUUGACGACAUCGAGGAGGCGUCUCCUCGAUUGCUUCCUUCCUUGGGGUCGCGCGACCCUCUCCCAGAGAAGACAUUAGGGAAGCGCCAUGCCUCGGCUGAUUCUCCCGUUGUGGUUCCGAAGAAGAAGAAUAAGCCAAGUCUUGGGAGUAUUGAUGAGAUCCUGGCACCUCCUCGCUCGCGACGUGCCGUAAAGCCGAAGGAGCCUGUUCUAAUCUCUCCGUCUGCUGCCCUCAAUGCUCCAAGCGCCUUUACUUCGGCCUUGGAGUUGAAGAAAUUCCUUAAGCUUCCCCUUGACGAGGGUACCUCUCCUGCAGGCUCGGCGUGCCAGCACUUGUUCCAGGCGAUGCUUGAUGUGGUUACUCUUUCUGACAAGAGUGCGGAGAAUCGGGAUCGCGCCCAUCAGAACUUCCUGCAGGCUUCUCAGCUGAAAACUGACAAGAUCACUCUCCAAGGUGUCAAUUCUCGUCUGGAGGAUGAGUUGGCAUCGGUGAAGCGGCAGCUUUCAGACGCCUUGGCUGCUGAGAGUGUUUCUGCUCGUGAGGAGAAGGAGAAGGAGAUAGCAUUCCAGGCGAAGCGGAUUGAGACCUUGGAGAAGGAGCUGUUGGCGAUGUCUGCUGCUAGGGGUCACCAGAAGGAGGAAUUCAAGAAGAGACUGGUCAAGGAGCGUGAAGAUGCCGUAGACGCCCACUUGUCAUCAGCGGAGUUCCGUGAGUGGCAGCAGAACCUUCUGCUCGGAGUGAAGAAAAGAGCUUUCAUCGGCAUUCGGAAGAAGGUCCGUUCCGACAAUCCUGACAUGAAGUGGGAUACUCCGGAAGUCUGGCAGGCCAUGGAUGAUUACUUCCUCUUCCUUGGUACGGAUAACGAGCCUUCUGACUCGGACCCGUACCCCUUGGAUGAGGGUGACUCUUCGGCCGAUGAUGUGGAGGUUGAUGUCGAGAAGGUUGGGGAAGAGGGAGUGGGUGACAACGUUGAUGCCGAUGCUGGUGCCGAGGAAGGUGGCGUGGACGUGGUUGCUGUCGAUGGUCAGGGUGGCGCCUCGGAUGGUGGUACCGAUGGUGACUCUAGCUCGUCCGACAAUCACUCGAGCAAGUCGGAUUAGUGGAGCUGGGGCGUUUUUCUUUUCCUUGUUCGUCUGGACUUAGUCAAUUUCUAUGUUAUCUUCUGCUCAUUUCUCCCUUGCAUGUCUAUGGAUGCUUAGCCUUCGGGCUGUUAUUUUGAAACAGUGUUAUCGGCAAGUUUUUCGUUUUCAGCAGCACCACCUAUUGUGCAAGUUGUUUUAGCCCUG